UUCCGUAUUGUUCCGGGGGAACCAGAAGGUGGGAUCACCUUGCUCCAGCGCCAUGGGUGUGAUAGGUAUACAAUUGGUUGUUACCAUGGUGAUGGCCAGUGUCAUGCAGAAGAUCUUACCUCACUAUUCUCUUGCUAGAUGGCUUCUCUGUAAUGGCAGUUUGAGAUGGUAUCAGCAUCCAACUGAAGAAGAAUUACGCCUUCUUGCAGGAAAACAGCAAAGGGGAAAGAGCAAAAAAGAUAGGAAAUACAAUGGUCAUAUUGAAAGUAAGCCUCUAACCAUUCCAAAGGAUAUAGAUCUUCAUCUAGAAACAAAGUCAAUCACAGAAGUAGAUACUUUGGCAUUGCAUUAUUUUCCUGAAUAUCAGUGGCUGGUGGAUUUCACUGUGGCAGCUACAGUUGUGUAUCUUGUAACUGAAGUCUACUACAGUUUGAUGAAACCUACACAGGAAAUGAAUAUCAGCAUUGUCUGGUGCCUUCUUGUUUUGACUUUUGCAAUCAAGGUACUAUUUUCAUUGACCACACACUAUUUCAAAGUAGAAGAAGGUGGUGAAAGAUCAGUCUGUGUCACCUUUGGAUUUUUUUUCUUUGUCAAAGCCAUGGCAAUCUUGAUUGUUACUGAAAACUACCUAGAAUUUGGACUUGAAACAGGUUUUACAAAUUUUUCGGAAAGCGCGAUGCAGUUUCUUGAAAAACAAGGUUUAGAAUCCCAGGGUCCUGUGUCUAAACUUACUUUCAAAUUUUUCCUGGCUAUUCUAUGUUCACUUAUUGGUGCUUUUUUGACUUUCCCUGGGUUGCGGCUGGCUCAGAUGCAUCUGGAUGCGCUGAAUUUGGCAACAGAAAAAAUAACACAAACAUUACUUCACAUAAACUUCUUGGCACCCUUAUUUAUGGUCCUGCUGUGGGUAAAACCAAUCACCAAAGACUACAUUAUGAACCCACCCUUGGGUAAAGAAAGUGUUCCUUUAAUGACGGAAACUACAUUUGAUACUGUGAGACUCUGGUUGAUAAUCCUGCUGUGUGCUCUGAGGUUGGCUCUGAUGCGCAAUCAUCUGCAGGCUUACCUGAACUUAGCCCAGAAGUGUGUGGAUCAGAUGAAGAAGGAAGCUGGCCGAAUAAGUACCAUUGAUUUACAGAAAAUGGUGGCGAGAGUGUUUUAUUACCUUUGUGUAAUUGCCCUGCAGUAUGUGGCACCUCUGGUCAUGCUGCUCCACACAACCCUGCUUUUGAAAACACUAGGUAAUCAUUCCUGGGGGAUCUAUCCCGAGUCUAGUUCUGACUCUCCAGUGGAGAACCAUUCAUUCUCUGGUUCUGUUUACUCUGAAUCACCAUCUCCUGAUGACAAAAGGAAAGUAACUGUUACCCAGAUAACAACAGCAUUGGGCAGCCUAAAGACCAUCUUUACUCCUCUGCUCUUCCGAGGACUCUUGUCAUUUCUGACUUGGUGGAUUGCUGCUUGUCUCUUUGCCACAAGCCUUUUUGGACUUUUCUAUCACCAGUACCUAACUGUGGCCUGAACUAAUCAGCUAACAAAGACAAUGACAGCACAAAGAUGUUGAAGGCAACCUACUUUGGAGUCCGUGUGCCUUUGAGGAAAGGACUGAAGGAAAUCAGAAGAAAGGCUA